GAUCGCGGGUUCAAAUCAAGGAGAGAUGAUUCUUGUAUAGAAAUUAAUGCAGUGUACUUCAAAGUUGGCAUAGCUGCUGAGGCUUAAAAGAGAUUUAAAAUUCCAUAAAUAAGAAUAAUGCUAAAUCGAAAACCGCUUGCACUUUACCGUGCCUGGUGGCCAGUCUCUAUCUGUAACAUUUUGAAUGUUGUUUGGAUCUUGUGAUUUCGUUGGUUGGUUGACGAUGUUUGAUGGCGGUUGAGUCCGUUCUGUUGAUGUUGUUGUUAGCUAUAAACUGUCUGCUGUUGUUUGUGAGGUUUGUUGUUAUAACAUCCGUUCGGAAGGACAGGAUAUAUUAUCUAUACAACCUUUUAAAACGAAGUUUAAAUUUUACUCAGUGAUUCUAUUAUUACUGAACAGUGAUGGCUUCAGAACCACCAGCCAAGAAGAUGAAGGCAGUGGUGAGAGAUGCACAGCACUGCAAGAGAUUGGUGCUCUCUCUGCAGUCAUUUAACGCACAAAAUAACUUCACCGACCUGUGCUUUGUGUGUGCCAGAGGACACAAAGUGUACGCACAUAAGCUACUGCUAUGCACUGUCAGCUCACUCCUGAAACAGAUAUUCCUGGAUAUCCCAGAUACGUUGCAGAUGAUCACAAUCCACCUACCAGAUGUCGAAUCUCGCUUGCUGAAUCUCAUGUUCGAUUUCUUGUACGAGGGUUCUGUCCGAAUUAACAAAAACGAAUACAAUGACUUCCAGAAAGUAAUGGACAUGCUGGGCAUUGUUCUCACCACUCCUAACAAAGAGACUGUAACUAACACGGCCACUGCCACACCCAGCCAACCACCAGCACAGCCCCCUCCUACCCAGCAGCAGAUCCAGCCCUCCCAGCUGGUCUACCUGCAAACUCCUCCUAACAGUCAAGGUCAAGUCCAGUAUGUGUUGGCAGCUCCGGCAUCCCUGGCUCAAGGUUCUAUGGUAGGCAUGUCUCCUGUGGUGUCUGCCCAGACCGCUACCCAGCCCAUAAUGAUGACUCCCAAUGCUGGCCAGAUGAUGCAGGCAGGAUCACAGGUACAGCAGAACAACAUGAUGCAGAUUGUGCAGCCGAGUGGAGGUCAGGUGAUGCCGGUGGUGCAAUGCGCUGGACAAAUGGUGGUUCAGGGCAACCAGCAGACUAUCAUGGCCAGUAAUCAGGUGCAGGUUGGCAUGCAAAAUCAGACAGUUCCGGUGGCACAGAGCAACUACACAACACAGUCAACACAGCAGCAACGACCGCAAUAUGCAAUGUCCUCCUCCACUAAUCAAAUGACUACACCCACCCGACAGUUCAACCAACCAAACAGCACGACACGGAUCAAUCAGGGCACCGUAGGCCGGGCAAAGACAGUACAGCAACCUCCACAUCCCAGGGUUACCAACAGUAAUGAGAUCAGCACGGAAGACAUCAUGUUGGUCCUGCAGGAGCAUACGGACAACCAAGAGAGCCUGACAAACCUAGAGACUCUGACAGCUAAGACCAUACGCGAAUGGCUGGAGGCCAAGCUUAAUGUGGACUUGUCAGGUCGAGAAAAGCAGAUCGACCAAGUACUCAAGGCUUGUCAAACGCUUGAUGAGUCAAUUUUGCCAGACAACCCACCCACCACAGAACCCGAUGCACCAAGCUCCAUUCCAAAAAUUAAUCUUAGACCCAAGAAGAAAAAAUCCAUUCCUUUUACCAAGUCUGAUGAUGAACGAGAUGAAGAUUUCAAUCCUUGGCAGGAAGCGAAAAAGAAGAAGGGAAAGAAGAGGAAGUAGACAAGAUAGUUAUUAUUGGAUUAGCUAAUAAGUUUAAAUUUAUCUGUGUUCAGGAUAUGAUGUUUUAAACUUUUAGUUUAGUAGCCUAUUUUUGCACUCAAAUAGUUUCAAAGCAUGUUUAAAGUAUCCUUAAUGCAAACUUGCGUUCAUUGUCUUGUUCAGUCUUCCUGUGAACUUUACUAUAUUUUCAAUCAAGCACAUGUUUUUAUUGAUAAAGUAAGUAAUAUAUGUUAAAUAGGCAUUCUCAUUUUGAUUAUUAUUGUUGGCUAGGAUUAGAUUAUUUAUAAUA